UCCUCUUUUUCCCUCUCUUUCUUCCUUUCUUGUCGGGCGCUUCUUGCGAUCAACAAUGUGGAUUGAUUUCCUCAGUCGCGGUUGCGAUGGUUCAUUUGCUUUGAUUGCUUCAACAAUGUUGCGUUGCCAUUUCUAUUGAAAGUUGUGUAUAUAUACAGUACAUCAUCGCAGUCGCAGUACCUUAUCAUCAACAGGACACCAGGUACCUUCAUCCGUGUACUCGAUCUCCCCACGAACCUAUCACGAGGGUUCGAUUCCUCCAAUCGCGCAUUACUGAGCUGGCCCCCGAAAUACCCGUGCUUUACGCUAGGUACUCACCUACUGGACUGCUUCUAAUACGACUUUAUAUUUUGGCGCGUUCCAGCCCUCCAGUUCUGAGACCUUCCGCUGUCUUACUAGUAUACUUAUGCAUUCCAUCUCGUUUAUUCAGUUUCAUCGUUACAUCGCUCCUUCAGCGUUUCGGCAAAAUGGAAGCCUCAUUUUCGAAUGUGAUCAACCAGCCUGUCCAGCCUGUCCAGCCAGACCGGACGGAUCUCGGGCCUCCGCCCAUGAUUAUCCAGCAGUACGCCAGGUAUCCUGCUCCAGAGCCUGGACUACACACAAGCGCAUCCUCAAUAGGUAGUGCUCGGAGUCAGAUUGCUACCUCCAAAUCGCCCCCUCUUCACCGCAAAGCUACCCCGCGCAGCUUACAGGCGUCGCCAACCGCGCCACGUCCUGGCGUGCCCCCAGCGCUAGCACCAGCACCAGUCCCUACCUCAGCACCAGCACCAGUGCGCCAAGCAGGGUCGUUGUCGCCUUCCGGUUAUGACACAUUGCGCCAGAGAUCUACGCGAGAUCAGAUGGAGCAGGCCGAAGCCCGAUCCCUUCCGUCUCGUGACAUUACAGACGCGACCAUCGACGAUGCCUAUAUCAUGUUCAUUUUCUACUGUAACCCAAACGUACCUUUAACGAUGGACACCACGGAACUACGAAAAACCUUUAGAUGUCCUCCACGAAGCGAUGGAAAGAGCUUCAGUAUUUUUGCGCUCUGGGAACUGAUUAAGAAGCUCGAUAGCAAGGAGUUGAAGACAUGGAUCCAACUUGCUAUCGAGCUGGGAGUGGAGCCACCCUGCAUGGAAAAGAAACAAAGUACGCAGAAGGUUCAGCAAUAUGCAGUGCGACUUAAGCGCUGGAUGCGCGCGAUGCAUGUCGAUGCCUUCUUCGAAUACUGUCUGGGACACUCGCAUCCUUAUUAUACCCAGCUUCCGCCCAGCGAUAUCAUCAGCGAAAAUCGAGAUGGGGUACCACUUGAAGAAGACCUUACUUUGCGAGCUCUUAUUCCUCAAUGGAAGCCAAAACGUGGACGGAAGCGGACCGAACUCGAGGCAAUGGAGAAGGCCGCUAAACGACCACAACUCGACACUUCCUUGGGAGUGAUUCAUCCAGGUUCUUUUCCCGGGCAGACCUCAGCAUUUCCGACCAGCGCUAUUCCAUUUAGCGCCUUUCCUGAUGACAUAGAGUCGAGUGAUCCGUGGAUGGGGAACGCACAGUCCUUCUCAGCGGAAGGAUCGUCUAUGAACCAUGCUCCCCAGCAAAGUCAGGACUUACGGUGGAGGCCUAUUGAACGCGAUGCCUCGCCCAAUGGCUAUCCUCAUUCAGCCAUCAUCCCCAGGACUAAUCAUCAAUCGGAAAUCUUCAUUCAGCCUGCAGAGCCACGCUCAGCAGUAACACCAUCGACCGGCGAGAAGACGCGCGCUAAAAGACGCCAUGGCCCAGCUGUGUCAUCCGCCUGGCCUAGCAACAACGGAAGCAAUGGGAAGACGCGGGGCCGACCUCCGAAUCGAGGAACGGUGUCAGGUCCAUUCUCGUCCUUCCCCGUAAACCCUGUUCGCACCGAGUCUGCUCACCUACAGGGUUCCGCAGUCCGAUCGUCUCCCGCUAUCAUACUCGAUCAAGAUCAUGCGAGUCGCUUUAGUGACUCGUCAUACCAACAAUCACCUACACCGUUUCACUUGGGGCCCAAGCCGAAUAGACUACAGCUCCAGGUGCCACAGCACCCUGGGGGCCCUGUGCGCCUUGCGACACCUCCGACCUUGGUUGUAAAUGGAAUUCAUGGCGCCUCUGGCAUGAUGAAAACAGAGACUGUUCAGCGAAACGGGACAUUAGCACCCCUCAACGAUUAUGCUGGUAAUGUCGGCGUCACCAAUCCCUCUUCGUAUGCCAACCGCAAUACUGUUCCACAAAUAGAGAUCACAUUGGACGACGUUGUGCGUGUACUAGCAGGCGAGCUUCUUCGCGGCAAAGUUGUUGGUCGGUCCGCUUCUCUCAGUGCGGACGAGGGACGGGCUUUGGCCUCAUCUGUUAUUGCAAGCCUUACAUCCACUUACGGCAAGCUACCAGGCAACUCGGCAGCUCUCAUGUCUGCAUUGCAUCUGGGUCUAGGACAUCAAUUUGGCUAUCCAGGUGUUACCGAAAGUGUUAUGACCAUCCACAUCGAGACAACGCCGCUGGGUCCCUCCAAUGUACCAAGCCCUGAUAACAGCACGCCGAACCAUGUGUAUACCAUCAUGCAUGAGUACAAAUACGGCCUUCGGUUCGCAACCAAGGUGACAUAUGGAAAUCUCAACAUCGGCAAGCCCGAUAGCACCAAACUUGAAGGCUCACUCAGGACGACUGACGAGCUGGAGAAUAGUGUUGCGGAGCUGGACAGCAUGACCGAUGCCGAAUACGAAGUCGACGGCGCAGAGGGGGCCGUCCCUGAAGCCACUUGGAGGCAACGGUACUUGAAGCUCCGAGCGCAGAUGCAGAAGAAAGAACGCGCUCUAUCUACUUAUAAACGCAAAAUCUUGGAGUCUGUGAUGGCAGACCUCUAAGCGGACAUCCCUUACUCUUCUUGGACCAGCGAGGUCUACAGUGAUACCCUACAAGAUGAUGUGAGCCGUGGAGGCGUAAGGCCUGCACGUGCCAUUUGAAUUUAUUUUUGUUAACCAUACCCGAUUCUAGGACGAAAUGGCUGUUGUCCUUGUGUUUGGUCUCUCAUUUUACUGAUACCCUUUGAGCACACUUAUCUUGAUAUGCCAUCGACCAACUAUAGAUUUGAUGCCUCUAAUUUUCCAUGCAUUCUUGGUCGCAAUAGAGUCUUUUCGAAUUCUAUGCACACCAUCCUUAUUCCCUGA